AUGAAGGUUAAAGGCACUCUCACACGUGAACUUAAUCAGCGCAGGGCCGACGUUGCGCACUCAUCAACAGCUCGUCCAUUCGAAAUCGAUGAUGCAUCUCCAUCGUUUAUUAUUUCUCAACGCAACCGGCUUCCUGAAUUGCAAAUUCCACACUUCAGUGGUGCAUAUACAGAAUGGCCAGACUUCAUCGCAAUGUUUAACUCGGUUAUUAAGAGCUGCGCUGAGUUAAGUAAAAUUGAAAGGUUUCAACAUUUGCGGGCAAAUUUAAGAGGCGCUGCCUUGGAUACAGUUCGUUCCUUGGAGCCAAGCGAUACCAACUACGACAAGGCAUUGGACCUCUUGAAGAAACGGUUUGGCAACCGGCUACUCAACUUUCAAGCGCAUAUAAAAGAAAUGUUUGCGCUCAAAAAGGUGGGGAGCGGCUGCGCUUCUGGCUCUUUACAAACGAUGGCAAUGGGGGAGCAUAUUUCUGAUGAAUUUCUGAUAUACCUGAUCUCUCAAAAGCUCGAUACAAAAUCGCAAAUCAAAUGGGAAGAAGAUCUACCAAUAAAUUCACUUCCAACUUGGACAUCUACGGCAACGUUCCUGGAGAAGAGGUGUCGCAUGCUAGAAAACGUGGAGGCCACAGUACCAGCAGCAAGCAGCACUUCCGUGGGAGGCAAACGUUCACCUCGCGGUAACAGCAGUUCUCGAAAGGCACUUGUAACAUCUUCAAGCUUAUGUUCGUUUUAUGGUUCCACUAGUCACUGGAUUUAUGGUUGUUCUCAAUUCAGAGACUUAUCACCUGCUUCGCGUUAUAAGGAAGCCAAGCGCCUACAGCUGUGUCUCAACUGUCUUCACCAAGGCCACACAUUAAACAAAUGCAAAUCAGGACAUUGUCGGCAAUGUACAUCCAACCAUCAUUCAUUGCUACACAUGUAUAAAGGUGAGCAACCUACAUCGUUUCGUUCGGCCGACAACACAGACGCUGGAAUGGCACCAACGUCUUCGAUGAGAGUGCAGCAAGUAGCCACAGCUGCAUCCUCAGAAAGCUUCGUCUUGCUGGCAACAGCCAUUAUACAUAUCAAAAAUCGUACAGGGUGUUACGUUCCCUGUCGCGCACUGCUCGACUCCGCCUCUCAGGUAAACUUUGUUACAUGGCGCCUGGUAAAACAAUUAAAAUUAGAAACGAAAAAGAUAAGCACUUCCAUAUCUAGUAUUGGUGAAUCCAAUUUCGUCGCUGACAGGGCAGUUGACAUUUUCGUAAGGGCACGUAGUGAUGACUACACUUUCUCCUUUGAAGCUAUCGUCGCCAACACCAUCACCGAACACCAGCCGAACUUCGACCUAAACAUCGAUUCGUGGAACAUUCCGCCGAAUACCAAACUCGCAGAUCCGCUUUUCUAUAAAUCGCAUUGA